UAGGUUAUGGGCCCAGUGCACGAUUCCCCUGCGUGAGGAACAUAGCACGAAAGUGUAUAUACGAAGUGUGUGAAACGCCGGCGAAGGGCAUAGAAAGAGAUAGAAGCAUCUAGAAGAUUAGAGGAUGGAAAAAGAGACAGUGAAUCUUUCGGUGGAGGAAGAAGGCCAAGAUGCGCUGGUCGACUACGACAGCCAUAGCAGCAUUAUCACGGUAAUAGAAAGAGAAAAAUAGCGAGGAGACAGUAAGAAAAGAUAGAGAAGCAAAAAAUAAAAAGGAGGAGACGGAAAGAAGAGGUGCAAUCCCGAAAAAGAACUUGCCUAAAGUCAGAGAGAAUAUAGAUGUAACCAAAGCAUGGGAAGAGAACCGUCCAGUACUGCCAAUUGGAACCAAAAUAUUAUAUGAAAAGCAAGAAAAAUUGGUCGCAAAAAUGGAUAAUUCGAUGCAGAUGCUAGACAAAGUAAUGACGAAGGCCACCGAGAUGAUGGAGAAUAUAAUGGAAGUCUCCCGUUUAAACUUAGAGAAAGAAAAAGUUAAACUUAGACGUUUAGAGUUAGAAGCAGAGACUAAAAACGAGAAUAGAGAAAAAUUAGAGAAACCCGAAGUCAGGGUACAGAGGGCUGCUGCAGAAGAGAACAUGAAACAAGUGAAGUGCUACAGAUGCAACCGAAUGGGUCAUAUGGCGAAGGACUGUCCACUAAUAGAAUCUGGUGCCUGGUUUUGUUACUACUGCCAGGAGGUACGAGGUCACAAGGGUGAUAAUUGUCCGAGUGCCGAAGCCCAGGCGAACAGAGCUAGAGGAAAAAGAUAUUUAAAUAAAACCGUUAAUAAAAACAUAAAGAAAAAGGGUAGAUUUGUGCAAAAAGGCACAAAAAGAGUAGAUAACAAAGGGAAAAUAACCAAGAUACAAUCAGCUGAGAAACCUAUAUCAACGAAAACAGCAAAUGAAGGAGAAUCAGAAGAAGGUAAAUUAUACAUGGUUAAAUUAAUAGAAGAUAGAGAUAGUUCAAAAGAGGUAGUCAAUUUUACUGCAGAUUCGGGUGCUACGGAUCAUAUUGUGAAUAAGAAUUUUAUUCUGUCAAAUUUUGAAAAAUUUUUUAAAGGAAUUUACAGAUGUAGAGCAGAAAUUGUUACACAUAGUGAGCUUCCUGAACAAUCGCAAACAAACAUUCAGAGCAAUGAAUUAUCCAUUUCGGAGGGAGAAUUAGAUGAGAAGGAUAAUGUUAGUUCUGCGAUUGGGAGGAAGAAUGAAGGAGAGCUCACAAAUGUGAACAAAAAUAUAGAACACAACAAUGCUGAACUCGAGCAAGUCAUUAAGUUGGAGGAUAUACAGACAAUAGAGAAAAUAGAAGAAAUGUGUGAAAGCUCAGUAACUGAAAAAGUAAAGAAAUUAGAGAAAAUAAAUGAGGAGAUGCUAUGGCAUGUUAG